AGCUGCCUUCAUCAGCGUCAAUGAUCAAGAGUUGGUUCAACGCUGAAGAAUGUUAAGCGUAAUGGAACAGUAAUUUGGAAAAUCAAUAGAUUGUACGGGACGUGCUGUUUGUACUCUGCUUGGUCGCUAGUUUAGACUUUACAGCCAGAGUCGCCGGGAGGAAGUCGCCGGGAGGAUGAAUUUGGCGGUUCUCCUGAUUUUGGAACUUUUUUAUAUUGGAUUUUGUUAUAUCGUAUCGGACAAGGAACAACCGGUGUGUCCGUUUGUGGAAUGCCAGAACGGGGGACGACUUGUCCGGACGACCUGUCAGUGUGAUUGUCCACCAAAGUACUAUGGGUUCUUCUGUCAGAACGAUUACGAGAGAAGUCUGUGGCCUGGCGGGACCUAUGCCCUCCCCACGUCAAUGUUCGGCUGUCCUGAGACCGAGGCUAGAGGUUGGUCAACAUCCUAUGUCAACCUGACCCUCCCCGAGUCCUCACAGCAACAGGAAUGGAACAUGCAGAACCCCGGACCUCUUACCGACGUCAUCGAGCCGAACAUCCUAGGGCCUUACCAUUACCGCGCCCUGCAGAUGAAUUUCUGUGUGAAAAUGCCGACCUACUUCGAGGAUAUAGAAGGCAAUAUGACAUCCACUGAAUGGCCCAAAGGGCAAUAUUGUUUAUACAACUUUACUGGCAGUUGUCCCAAGGACUUUACCAACGGUACCUUGACAAUUAGAGGAUACCAGUUUACUGAACAGGACAUAGGGGGUCAAAUUCCGGGGAAAAUGAUACAAAACCAGACACUCCUACUCCAGUUCUGUUGUAGAGAAGAUGGGAACCAUUCGACACCAAUUGAGCUUCCCAAAGAAUUCCCUUUCAUCAUGUUUCAGAGUCAAUCUGUAGACAGAUGUCAGGAGAUAGAGUCAAUGACGUCACAAAGGGAUUUCUUCUAUAUGACCAAUCAGAACAAUAACUGGGAGUUUAAAGGGGCGUUACCAAUGUUCGACAAAACAACACUGAAUAACUCUGUGGGCGUGCCAUAUUGUUACUAUAUACCUUACGAGCGUCGGGAGUGUUACUACGAGUCUGACAUCGGAAACUCCUACAGUGGCCGCGCCAACGUCACGGCAACCGGAAGAGGAUGUCUACAAUGGGCAGGCUCAUCGGACUCGUUCUACAAAAACGACCGCAAGGCUUACCAUGAGUUUGAGAGUAAUUACUGCCGUGCAUAUGAAAUCGGCAGUUACAAAACAAACGAACCCGUCUGUUUGGUGCAGCACCCCUCCACCGUGAGAAGCUGUGGGAUACCUAAAUGUGGUGAGGACAGAGAUUUGAAAGAAUUUGGAAAAUUCAAACCUUUUCGAAGUGUACCACAUUACAACACAAUGAAACCGGAGUACGCAGUGGAUGGUUCUAUAGGCAACUUGAAAUCCCUGGUCACAGACCGUCCCCUAUUGAAGCCCUGGUUCCAGGUCAAUCUUCAGGAGUUUGUAGAGGUCCAUGCCAUCCUUAUCUACCGAUCUGUCACUAACUUUCCAAAUAACCUGCGAUAUUUUGGAACAUACGUCAGCAAGAAUCCAUGGGACUUCAUGAACUAUGGCGCCGUGCGGUGUGACGACCUCCGAUUUCCGGGAUAUUCUAGGGUCUUCCGGUACCAGUGUAGACGUCCCGUGAUUGGUCAAUAUGUUACGGUCCGGAACUUCGACUUUUCUCACCCGGGUAGCAAGCCGGGUAUAUUUUAUCGAAUGGAAAUCAACGAGAUGGUGAUCCUAGGAAAAUCUACCAGUUGUGGAAGGCCUCUAGGUAUGGCCUCGGGUAAUAUCUACAAUUACCAACUCGAAGGUUCCUCUGAAGACGCUGAAGGAUCUGUAGUAGAAUCAAUAGCGCUGGCUCAUCGGGGGCGAUUGUACAAUCCGAACCCAGGAUGGUGCUCAUCUCCGGAAGACGAUUCUCCAUGGUUUUUAAUCGACCUUAUCACCCCUACUAUUGUCCAGGGACUGAUGGUGCAAGGUUGGACUUCCGGUAAGGAUUCCAAGUACAUUCGGUCAUUCCUGGUGUCUUACGGGACCGAGAGAAAGUCCCUAAGGCUGUACGACGACUUCGCGGGGAUCGUCAAGACGUUUGUCAUCGAUGUCAGCGCUGCAGUGAUUACGCCACAGACGUUUAUAUUUCAUCAUGAAAUCCUGGCCCGUUACAUCAAAAUAAUUCCUGAUACAACGAACGGGCAACAAGCCUGCCUGAAGGCGGAAGUAAUUGGCUGCCAGAAACAACUGCAAAGAGACAUUCAAUGUAAAGAAGAAAGUAUGGAUUUCGGGUUUGAGGAGCUGAGGCGAUUUUCCUUUUGGUUGAAUGGUUCACCUUAUAUUCUGUACAACUUCACGUCGGUCGACGACUGCAGAGAGUUUUGUCUGUCCAAUGGGUGCACGUCUCUGAAUUUUAAGGAUUAUUCUGCCGGAAAAACUUGUUCCCUGUUUGAUGGUGACCGGUACCACCCGACACGACAGUCCGCGUUGGUACUGACCGGAUCCAGUCUAACCUACGCCUCCCAUCGUCUGUGUUUUAGUGGCGUGACGAAGCCUAAUCGAUGCAACUUUUUUAUAAACCUGACAAAGGAGGACGAGGCUGUCAUUAGGUCCCCCGGAUUUCCAUUUAGUUACGGACAGGGUUUAAACUGUACAUGGAUAAUUGACGCAGGAACUUCUAAAUUCGUCAAAAUAGAAAUAGUGUACUUAAAGCUGGCAAAACCAACAACGGUGUUGGAUUUGAAUAAGUUAGGAAUGUUUGAUGUCAAUCCAGGUAAAUGCAAAGACAGUAUCUCUGUCAGGGAUGAUUCGAACACCUUUACAAUCACAGCAGAUACUGAAGGUGAUUUCAAGGACUCGAUGUUCAUCACAAAGGGGCAAACAAUCUCAAUGACGCUUGAAACUUGCUUUCAAUUAUCGAGAGAAAAUUCAGAAAAGAUAUUUGAAAUAAUAGCUUCAAAAUCAGAUAAACCGGGAUGCGGAAUGUUAAAAGAAGGAUGCACAAUAAGAUGUCAGAUACCUUCAGCCUAUAUAGCAACUGAUCGGUUUCCCUCACCAUAUCAACCAGGAGAAAGAUGUAUUUGGCGAAUUGACGGCAAGUUUGGACAAUACGUGCAACUAAACAUACUGAAUAUUGACGUCAUCAAUGGUGGAGCGUCGUGUGCCAGUUCAUACAUAGCUGUCUACGACAUCGACUUGACUCACACGGAGAGACUGCUUGGGAGAUACUGCAAGGAAAACAGGCCUUACAGUGUCAUUUCCUCAAAAUGGCAUCAUAUGAGGGUGGAGUUUCGUGCCGCCCCUGACCAGAGGCAGGGCCGGGGAUUUCUAGCGGAGUAUUCAUUCGUUGAUUUCACUCAGACGUUGUCCUCUAUCACGAAUGAAGAUUGUCCUGUUGGUUGGCAUUACAACGACAAUAGUUGUUAUAACAUUUUCACUAAUGACGUUGGAAUCACAUGGCCGGAAGCGGAUCGAAAAUGUAAUCAACAAAAUGGCAGCCUCGUCAGUAUAGCCUCAAAACAGGAGCUGGAAUUUGUGCAUUUUCUCGUGACGAGCAAUAUAAAAGAUAUUGCGGAUAGGAAAAUGUUUAUUGGACUGCGUAAAGUGUAUUCAGAAGACAAGAAACAGUUGGAGUACUUUUGGUCUGAUGGUAACCCACUAACAUUCACGGCCUGGUAUCGUGAUGACGUAGUAAUGAACAGGCAACCUAACGGAUUGUACAAUGAGAAGUGUACAAGCAUCAGCUUCUUCAGUAUUUAUUCCAUGAAUGAUUGGCAUGACACGGCAUGUGCCUAUGAUAAAAUAAGAAACUACAUGUGUGAAAUGGACAUCAGUAAUACAACAGAGAUCGUAAGCCGGAUAACUUGGUUGAAAAAUGGGAAUGGUACAGAAGCGUAUGCUGGUGACGUCAUAUUCACUUGUGAUAACAUGGAGCACAUUAAUACGUUGUUUGUUUGUGACGGAAUAAAGGAUUGUAGUGACGGCUCGGAUGAAGAAAAUUGCAGUGCCCGUUGUAAAGACACGCAGUUCCGGUGUGGUGAUGGUGGAUGCAUCUCUCUCAGUCUACUCUGUGACUUUGUUGCUCACUGCAAGGACGGUUCAGAUGAAUCCAGCUGUAUCAGACAGGCCUGUAAUGAGAGUCAGUGGGAAUGUUCUAGCGGUCAGUGUAUUCCCGUUGUAUACCACUGUGACAUGAAGCCAGAUUGCGUCGACGGAAGCGAUGAACGGUUCUGUGUGGGUUGUGAACAUGGUUUCGAAUGCUACGAUCAAACCUGCCUCCAUCCGUCAAAGGUUUGCGAUGGCUUCAUCGACUGCAAUGGAUUUUUUGCGGAAGAUGAAUCCCAAAGCUGUGAAAACAACAUCCGGAGGUCAUGUAAAGCCUGGUGGAGUCUGGGAAGGCGGGAAAAUGGAGAGUAUCUUGUCAGCCUUGGUCUGGAAGGAAGGAAGCAAACAAAGGUGGAGUGUAGAUUUAACAUAUCUGAGCAGACUGUCACAGUACAGACAAUUAUUCACCACAACCUAGAAGAAACCAUUGUCGCUAACACAGAAACUAUUGACACGGCUCUAAGAUACGCGGCGACCAAGAAACAAAUCUCGAACCUCAAAAAAGACAAUAAGUGUAGUCAGUCAAUCAGGGUACGUUGUCAUUACACGAGCAAUGACCAGGACAACAUCUGGAUAGGGGACAACGGAAAACAGUUCCAUACGACCUUAGGUGAAUCAACGGGAGGCUGCUCAUGUUCCUUUGUCAACAAAUGUGAAGAAGGCAAAACUAAAUGUAAUUGCAAUUCAACUGUUGGAGGAUGGUACCGCGCUGAUUUCACGGAGGUGCGAGAAGAUUUCGGUGUGAUUACUGACCACUCCGUUCUACCAAUCAGAAGUAUUUUUGCUAUCCGCCCGACGAGCGUUGAUAGAUUCGUCAAGUUAGAUGUUGGACCAUUGAUCUGUUCUGACGAAACUUACGCUGUUAGUGAUGACUUUCUUUGCCGGUCGGGAAAGAUUGUACCGAUGUCACAGCGGUGCAUUCUUGAUUAUGACGUUUAUGGUGAUGUCACCGGAUGUAGAGACCUGUCUCAUUUGGACGAUUGCGAGUUCAAUCAAUGCCCGACGGGAUUCUUGAAAUGUCCCAAUAGCUUUUGUAUACCUCCGAGAUUAGUAUGCGAUGGCCAUAAGCAAUGCAAACAUGGUGUUGAUGAACUACUGUGUGAAUCCUGCCCAGGUCUAUAUAGAUGCAGGAAUAGUACCAUUUGCCUUGAUCCAAGUAAACUGUGCGACUCCAUUCCCCAUUGUCCGUACCAUGACGACGAACUGUUGUGUAACAUUGAGUACCCAAAGGAAUGUCAGUGUCACGGUCUCUCUGGCGUUUGCAAAAACAUAAAUAGCACAAGUCUAAUCAAGCUUCCAAAAGAACUUCGGACUCUAAACCUAAGUGGAAAUGACUUCAGUCAUGAUUUACCAAGUUUGGAACACAUGCUUAAUUUAGUUGUAUUGAAUCUUACUAAUUGCAGGCUGAGUUCAUUAAAAUCCUAUUCCUUUGUUAAUCAAAAGAAUCUCUUAGAACUAGAUCUGAGGAAUAACAGAAUAAUAAAUAUAUAUCCAUAUGCAUUAACCGGAUUAGAAUCCUUGAAAACUUUGAACCUGGAAGGAAAUAAACUUUUAACGAGAAUAUCAGACCUGGGUUUUGUAGGAUUACACAAAUUGCCGAGGAUUGUCAUCACGAAUUCCGGUUUGCAAAACAUUGGAAAGGAUACAUUGGUAGGACUUGUCAGGGUCAGCCAUUUAAAUCUUUCUGCAAAUGACAUCCGUUUUAUUUCAAAUUAUGCAUUUUACAAUCUGUCUGAGUUAACUGUUCUGGAUUUGAGAAGAAACAAAAUUGAACAAUUUUCAUCCAAAAUAUUUUUCGGACUAUCAAAGCUCAAAAAACUAUAUACGGACUCGUAUGCCUUUUGUUGUUUGAAACCAUCGUCUGUGCAAGAAUGCUUGCCCCAUCCCGACGAGUUUUCUUCAUGUGACGACUUGAUGAAAAACGACGUGUUGUCUGCGUUCCUGUGGAUCAUUGGAUUCAGCUCCUUGUUGGGGAAUCUUGGCGUCUUCGUCUUCAAGGUAUUUUUUGACAUUGACACUCUGAAGAAGGGACAUGGCAUCUUUAUAACUAACCUGAGUAUAUCUGAUUUUCUAAUGGGCGUUUACAUGAUUAUCAUAGCUUCGGCGGACGAGUACUAUCGAGGGCGCUAUGUUUGGAACGACUUAAUCUGGAGACGCAGUACUACCUGUAGAAUAGCCGGUAUGCUCGCAACUGUCUCUAGUGAAACUUCCGUCUUCUUGUGUCUUAUUACGUUAGAUCGCCUGAUUGCAGUCAAGUUCCCUUUCGGCCAGUUUAGAUUUACGAGACGCAAGGCUCUGAUUUGUGUGGCAGUAGUUUGGAGUAUCACCAUUUGGUUAGCUGUUAUUCCAUUGAUCCCAGGAAGUUACUUCCAAGGAGAAUUUUACUCCCGCUCUGUCGCGUGCCUUGCCUUGCCCCUCACGAGAGAUCGGCCCGCUGGAUGGGAAUAUUCUACGGCGGUAUUCAUUAUUCUGAAUUUCUUGCUGUUUGUGACUAUCGCUCUGGGACAGUGUUUGAUAUACAGGGAAAUAUCACAAACUUCAUCUAGUGUCAAAUCCACCAGAAGAAAUCAGGACAUGGCCAUUGCUCGAGGCCUAUUCCUUGUGGUCCUCUCAGACUUCCUAUGCUGGUUUCCUAUCGGAAUUAUGGGAUUGCUUGCUAUAAGUGGCCAAGUCAUAUCGGGAGAAGUGUAUGCUUGGGUUGCUGUUUUCAUUCUUCCAAUAAACUCCGCUCUUAACCCCUUCCUAUAUUCAUUUGCUAAUGUAAGAAAGAAGGUGGAAACCAGGCUCUCUUCUAACAAGUCAUCUAAUAAUCGAGCGACGGCGGAUAAUUACGCGGACGUUUGUGACAACGAUUCCUUCAUCAUUGGGAGACACGCCCCCCUCGCUGUGACUCUGGCGGACCGUAUGAAGACCCACCCCCUCACCGUCGACGAGAUGAAGUUAGUAGUGCUGCGACUGGCCGAGGCGAUGAAGUUCCUCCACGAACGUGACAUCGUCCAUGGAUGUUUGGACACAAGUUUGGUCUCACUGGACAUCGUGGAGGGGAAAAUAAAAGACCUGGCUUUAAAAAUUGCGCCAAAGACCGCUUCAGAAGAUGAGGAGAUUCCUAACGACAUCAAACAGCUAGGGGAGAUAACUCUCUCAAUGUUAGAUACUUAUAAGUCCACGAACAUGCAGACAUGUACGACUUCUUGUUGAACUUCACGGUAAUUGGAAAAAGGUUUUCAAAUAAAUCAACGUUCUAUAAACACUCAUUUUGAUAUAUAUAGAAAAUUUUCAUUAAUUUGUUGUUGGAAUGAUUGAAACUGAAUAGAAAUAUUAUAUUGACUUCUUUUACAUUAACAUGCUUUUACUUGACAUUCCAUUUGAAACCUUUUAAAAAGUGACCCCAGUACCUAUGUUCAAUUUCAUAUCAUUUUAAAGAAGAGGCCAAGGACGUUCUAUAUGCCGUUUUCAAAUUGACUGUAGGUUUUUUCAUUCGUCAGAACCAGGAAAAAAGUUAGAAAUUUAUAGCCGGUUUCCUACAUAUUUUAUUGAAAAUGACGGUUUAAAACACAGCUUUUCACCAUUUUCUUACAAGUAACCCUGGUAAACUUAAAAACAAACGAGUUAUUGUUAUGAAGCACCAUUAAAAGAAAAUUACAGAAAUAUACAAUCAGGUCCCUUUCAUUUACUAUAUCUCGACCUUACGUAAUUUACUUUUAUUUGGACUACUUACUUGAUGAAGGGGUAUGGUUACAAUGUGAACUGAAAAUAAGUUUUCUCAUUAAUAUGUUUCAUUGCCAUUCAACAAUGUUGUAUUACAAGAAUUAAAGAGUAUGAAAAAUAUAAUCUGUAAAUUUUGAUUUUUUUAACAAAUGUACCAAGCCAAUGCGUUUUGUUACUUAUAAGACCUGUUACACAAGUAAUUUUAAUAAGUUUAAGUAUUGACUUUGUCAGGAAUCUCCCUGUUUGUGAUGUGGUUUAUUUGUACAAGUUUUUGAUCUGUCAUUAAUAAAUGACAUUAUUU